AUGAGCCAUGCUUACCAGCAAAUUGAGCUAAAAAAGGCCUCUCGGGAUUUUGUGACUAUCAACACACAUAGAUGGUUAUACCAGUACACCAGGUUACCCUUUGGAGUCUCAUCAGCUUGUGCCAUUUUCCAACGGACUAUGGAAAAGUUGCUCCAAGGUCUACCCCAUGUGGUGGUUUAUCUCGAUGAUGUCCUCAUAACAGGACUAAUUGAUGAAGAACAUCUGGCUAACUUGGAAGAGAUAUUGAAGCAUUUCUCACAAGCUGGAGUGCACUUGAAAAGGGAAGGAUGUAUCUUCCAAGCAAAAGAAGUGAUUUGCCUGGGUCAUAUUGUUGACCCAGUAGAAGACAAAGUGAGAGCUAUUCGUGAGGCGCCAGCCCCAAAAAAUGCCACAGAAUUCAAGUCCUUCUUGGGAAUGUUUAACUACUACGGUCAUUUUCUCCCAAAUUUGUCGACAGUGCUGGCUCCAUUUUAUGGAUGUGGGUUACUCAAGAAAAACCACAGGCUAAAUUGCAGAAGUAAUAAUUUAACAAGCUGUAGUGCAAAAGAUUAUGGGCAGGAUUUUCCCCUCGUCAGGGAGAAGAUGAGCCAUAACCAAGUCAAGAGGACACAUACAGGCGGAGGCCUGACCAAAUUGCUGCUGCUCUCCUGGUUCAAGCAGGGUGUCCUGGAGCUGGAGAGCAGGCACACAACCCAUGCAACCGGGCGUGGAGAUGCGGGGGUCCUGGACGAAGGUUCACCAGUAGGUGUCCGAUCUGCAUACCCCGAAGGGCCACCUCUGACACCUGAGAACAACCAGGUGUCAUUUUCACCUACGUCACACCCACUUGCUGAAGCAGGCACCAGCACAGAUACCAGCAUCUCAGCGGGCAUUAGAGCAGCAAUGAGUAUAUCAGUGCAUAUUGAGACAACAGAUCUUACAAAAAACAGCAAGAAGGCAUGGUCUCUCAUACGCAAACUUGGAGGGGAUCCCGAGAAAGCUGCCCAACAUCCAAAUGUGUCUGCUAACCAAGUUGCACACCAGUUGCUCCUAAAUGGAAAAAUCAACAAGAAACAACCAAGAGCACAACUAGAUAGGAAGAAGUACAGCGAUGACCCUGGCUUCACUGGACCAUUCACCAUGGAAGAGCUGAAAACUGGUAUAUCUAGUCUAAAACACGGGAAAGCAAUUGGUCUUGACAACAUAGCAACGGAGCAUUUUGGACAGCAAGCAAAGAAAUGGCUCCUACAAUUGUUCAACCACUGUCUGGCAAAAACAGAGCACAAUAUGAGGGAGCGCCAGCGGAUUGGUGGUGGCCAUGCCGUGCUCCUGCGCCUCACCACCUACAAGGGGCAGGCCAUGGAGCUGGGGAGGAGGCAGGCGACCAGGGCGGCCAGUAAUUUUAGCACUGUUCACAGCAAGAUGUUUUUGCUUUCAAAAAAUUCUACAAAUUCAGAUGGUAAGAUAAUGGUGAGAAGGUUCCUUGUCACAUUAAGGCCUUUCAGGAUAUUUGUGGCUGGGAUUGGAUUCUUCACCCUCUGUUUUAUAAUGACUUCCUUUGGUGGACAGUUUUCUGGCAAGAGAGUGGGGGACUCACCUUUUGGCAUUAGACAAAUAGCUGGAGGGCCAGAAUCUCGUGUGCUGAAGAAAAUGACUGAUAUGCUGGAAAUAAUAGUAAAACGGAUGGAGCCGCUGGCGAAACUGGAAAAUGUGAGUGACUUCAGAAAGUUGGAAGAACUCAGCUCUGCUUUAAAUCAUUUCCAGCCUGCUGGAUUGAUGGAGAAGAUUCAAGCGAUUGCACAGAACGUUUCAAACCUAACAACUAAAGUGGAGCAGCUCCUGCAAACAAGCCUCACAAAGGGGAAGGUGGGAGGGGGCAUUAACAGCCAAUGUGAGAUUCCGAAAGAUCCAAAUUUCCCUGACUGCCUUGGGAAAGUUGAGUGGAUGAGAGCCCGGUGGACCUCAGACCCUUGCUAUGCUUAUUAUGGUGUUGAUGGCACAGACUGCUCCUUCCUCAUAUACCUCAGUGAAAAAGAGUGGUUCUGUCCCCCAUUACCAUGGAAGAAUCGUACUUCUUUCCCCACCAGGACUGAAACAAAACAGCAGGCUCUCUAUCGAACAGACUUUACACAACUUCUCGAACUCAUGGGCAGCGGGAAGGAAUCACUAAUAUUCAUGAAAAAGAGAAUCCGAAGAUUGUCAACACAAUGGAUUUUGGCAGCUCAGAACCUCAAACAGAAACUUGAGAUGAAAAAGAGACAACGGAAAAAGAUCUUGGUUCACCUGGGUUUCUUGACAGAGGAAGCAGGAGAUGUUUUCAGCCCUGUUGUGUCGAAAGGUGGCCCAUUGGGCGAAUUGGUUCAAUGGGCUGAUAUCUUAGCCACUCUGUAUGUGUUGGGCCACAGCCUGAAGAUCUCAGCUACUUUAAGGGAGCUGCAAAGUUUUCUAGGUGUCCCUCCUGGGAGGGGAAGCUGUCCUCUGACUGCACCAUUGUCCUUUGACAUCAUUUACACAGAUUAUCAUGGACUUCAGCAAAUGAAGCAAAACAUGGGCCUCUCUUUCAAAAAGUACAAAUGCAGGAUCCGGGUAAUUGACACAUUUGGCACAGAGCCAGCAUACAAUUUUGAUGAUUAUGCCAAUCUCCAUGGUUACCGAACAAACUGGGGCCACUGGAAUCUCAACCCGAAGCAGUACAUGACUAUGUUUCCACAUAGUCCUGACAACUCAUUUAUGGGUUUUGUCGCUGAGAUACUGAAUAACACUGAGAAAAAGGCCAUUCAAUCAAGCAAGGUUAACAACAUGGCAGUUGUAUAUGGAAAAGACGCUAAUAUGUGGAAGUUGCAAGGAAAGGCGAAGUAUCUUGAAGUUAUUAAUAACUACAUGGAGAUCCAUGGCACUGUUUACUACCAGACACACUGGCCACCAGAGAUGCCCAUGUUUGUCAAAAAUCAUGGUCUACUACCUCAACAUGAGCUACAGAGACUACUAAGAAAAGCAAAGCUCUUCAUCGGAUUGGGGUUCCCAUACGAAGGACCUGCCCCGCUGGAAGCCAUUGCCAAUGGAUGCAUUUUCCUGCAGCCUCGAUUCAACCCACCCCAUAACUCAAAAAACAAUGAGUUCUUCAGAGGAAAACCCACAUCAAGAGAGGUUUCAUCACAACAUCCAUACACUGAGUAUUUCAUUGGGAAGCCACAUGUAUGGACAGUAGAUUUCAACAAUACAGUGGAACUGGCAUCGGUUGUCAGGACAAUUUCAACAACCAAGGUUGAACCUUAUCUUCCAUAUGAAUUUACUUGUGAAGGGAUGCUGGAGCGUGUCCAUGCUUACAUCCAACAUCAGGACCUCUGUGACACAGUAUUUCUGUCAUGGCCUCAAAAUAAUGUGAGGCAUUUCGCACCCUCACCUAAUACAACAAGCCUAUUCAUGUUUCCUCAAAAUGUCACUGGGCUUUCCUGGUCUCCAAAUGCCACCAAGCUGCUCACUUGGCCUCCCAUUAGCUCAAUGCAAUUACAUGUAUCAACAACUGCACAAUCUUGUACAGAUGCCUGUCAAGAGCAUGGACUUGUCUGUGAACCAACAUUCUUCCAGGUUGUCAACAAUAAGGCCAUCUUUGAACAAUUCAAGUUUGUCUGCGACAGUAUUGAGUCUGAAGCUAACCAUCUCUAUCCAGCCUUUGAGGAAAUCGCUCAGGACUGUUACCUUCAGAAGCAAGCCCUGCUGUUCAGCUGCGCAGGCCAUCACCCAAAAUACAGACGGCUCUGUCCCUGCAGGGACUUUCGCAAGGAACAAGUGGCACUCUGUAAAGGGUGUUUGUGAGCUUUCAAGCUGUUUAAGCAUGAAG